AUGACGGGCGGCUCCGAGACACCACCUUCGCAAUGCGUAGGCCCUGAGUACCGCCCGGCUACUCAGAAGCCGACAGCAACUGUAUCCAAACCUCUUGACCAAGUGCCAAACAUCCACAUCUUGCCUCAGACUCCCCAGCUGAUAGCGCUGCUAACCAUGAUUCGCGACAAGAACACGGGGCGCGCCGAUUUUAUCUUCUACUCGAACCGAAUCAUUCGUCUACUAGUCGAAGAGGGGCUCAACCACCUCCCUGUUGUAGGUCACGAGAUCACUACGCCUGUGGGGCGGACUUAUGCUGGUGUCAAGUUCGAGGGCAAGAUCUGCGGUGUUUCGAUCAUGCGUGCUGGAGAGUCCAUGGAGCAGGGUUUGAGGGACUGCUGCAGGUCGGUCAGAAUUGGCAAGAUUCUGAUCCAGAGGGAUGAGGAGACGAGCAAGCCAAAGCUCUUCUACGACAAGCUGCCCGAAGACAUUGCGGACCGAUGGGUCUUGUUGCUCGAUCCUAUGCUUGCGACUGGUGGCUCUGCUCUCAUGGCUGUCGAGGUACUCAAGUCGCGUGGUGUGCCUGAGGAACACAUCCUCUUCCUCAACCUCAUUGCCAGCCCUGAAGGUGCGAAGAGGUUCGCCGAGCAGGUACCAAAGGUCAGGGUUGUCACAGCAUUCGUUGACCAGGGUCUGGACGAGAAGAACUACAUUGUCCCAGGUCUUGGUGACUUCGGUGACCGCUUCUACACCUUGUAG